UGCGCACCAUCAUUUUUCACGUUGCAUCCACACCGCUCACCGACUGCCCGUAAGCCACCCAUCGGGUGGAGAUCCUUUAGUAGGCGACACAAAGACGGCUGGCUGGCAUCAUUGCUUAUCGUACAACCUUUGGUAUCAGUAAUUUAUGUUCAACUGAGCAGGCUGGUUGCUUUUGAAUUCAAUCAACGUACAAUAUUCCGAAGCCCUUUCAAGGUUCAGAAGACAACUCAGUUUAUUCUGUUGAUGACACAACCUUAACGUGGAUUAUUAUGGAUUUAUUUUGUGUGGACUAUUUACACUAUUUUGAUAGCUGACCAACGGCCCACAACAUAUUUGAAUGAUAGACAACUAAAGAAAACAGCUGGAAGGAAACACUGGAAGGCCCAGUUGCAACAACGUAUUUAUAAAGCUGUGAGAGGUUGCAGCAAGAUGCUAAUCUCUACAGACAUGGACUCACUGCCCAGUGUAAGGAGGACGCCUUAAUGAAGGCCCUGUUCUUGCUAGGGACUGAGGCCCUGAAAGGCUAACAAGUGAGGCAGUGUCCUCUACUACUGUUGGCUAGCCUUUAUAUUCUGUUUAUUUGGAUCUUCCCGUUACCCCCCAAAAGCCUCAAGAUGGUCCUGUUUUUAGACUUUAACCCUUUUGAUAACCUGUUGUGCAUUCUUUUGGGCAUCUCCUUCACUGUGUGGUUCACCCUGCUGCUGGUCUUCAUCAUUGUGCCCGCCAUAUUUGGCGUGUCCUUUGGUAUUCGGCAGCUGUACAUGAAAACUCUACUGAAAAUUUUUGAGUGGGCCACACGUAGGAUAGAAAGAGGAGCCAAAGACAAGAACCAUCCCUUGCAUAAGCCCUACUCCAAUGCCAUCAUUGCCAAGGAGCCCACCUCCCUGGAGGAGGAGAUCAAGGAGAUCCGGCGUAGCGGCAGUAACCGGGACCUGGACUCUGCCUCCGAGUUUGAAAUGUCUGACAUCUUCUACUUCUGCCGGCGAGGAGUGGAGAGCAUCAUGGAUGACGAGGUGACCAAGAGGUUUUCUGCCGAGGAGCUUGAGUCAUGGAACCUGCUGACCCGUAGCAACUACAACUUUCAGCACAUCAGCCUGAGAUUGACGGUCCUGUGGGGGCUUGGGGUGGUGAUCCGCUAUGGCUUCCUGCUGCCUCUCAGGGUAACUCUUGCCUUUACCGGGGUGGGCCUUCUAGUGGUCCUCACCUCCAUCAUCGGGUUUCUUCCAAAUGGGAGGACGAAGAAUUUCCUUAGCGAAAAGGUGCAUUUGAUGUGUUACCGGAUCUGUGUCAGAGCUCUCACUGCCAUCAUCACUUACCACGACAGUGAGAACAAGCCCAAGAAUGGUGGAAUCUGUGUGGCCAACCAUACCUCACCUAUUGAUGUCAUUAUCCUAGCCAGCGAUGGCUGCUAUGCAAUGGUUGGGCAGAUCCAUGGUGGUUUGAUGGGUGUUAUCCAGAAGUCUAUGGUGAAAGCCUGUCCACACAUUUGGUUUGAACGCUCUGAAGUCAAAGACCGACAUCUGGUGGCCAAAAGAUUGAGUGAUCAUGUAGAAGAUAAAACUAAACUACCUAUUCUAAUUUUCCCUGAAGGCACUUGUAUUAACAACACUUCAGUAAUGAUGUUUAAAAAGGGCAGCUUUGAGAUUGGCUCCACAGUCUACCCUGUGGCCAUCAAGUAUGACCCUCGCUUUGGAGAUGCCUUCUGGAACAGCAGCCAGUUUGGGAUGGUCAGCUACCUGCUGAGGAUGAUGAGUAGUUGGGCCAUUGUGUGCAGUGUGUGGUACCUUCCCCCCAUGAGCAGAGAGGAAGGGGAGGAUGCAGUCCAGUUUGCCAAUCGGGUCAAGGCAGCUAUUGCAAGACAAGGAGGGCUGGUGGACCUGCUUUGGGAUGGAGGUUUAAAGCGAGGAAAGGUAAAAGAUACCUUCAAAGAGGAGCAACAAAAGUUAUACAGCAAAAUGCUAGUUGGCACCCAAGAGGACCGCAGUCGUUCUUGAAGUUAAAUGCAGGGAAGUUGUGAUAAUCAGAGACCCACUUGGGGACCACAGAAUGGACAUUCUUCUGCACCCUAAUGGCCAUUUUGACCAGGAAUACUCCAACCCUCGUGUCAGGAAUAUAUCACUUGGCUUCCUCAGUCACUGCCUCAGCUUGGCAUAUCAAGUUCUCGUUGUUACAGCUCAUUCUGGGCCUUUUCUCUUCCUUGUGUUUAUAAUGAUUUGACAAUGGACUGGCCUCUUCAGUAACCAUGUGUUAUAACUAAGAUAAUAUGUUGUCUUCCAUGAUGAUGGCAAAAUUGUCUUUUGAGUAACUUAUGGAUUUAUGUCCUUCAUUGUAGUUUGUUAUUUUUAUUUAAAUGUUUGUUUUGUUUUCUUAUUAUUAAUAUUAUUAUUGUAGUAUUAUAAGAACAAACAGAGGAUGUAGCAGUGCUAUCAGAGAGGUACUGUAGAGUUUGUUCUGAAUGUGGCUUAUUCUCAACAUGUUUCUAAUACUUUUUAAGUGUUUGUUUUUAUGAUGGAAAAAGCCUUAUUUUAGGCAUUGUAUUGACAUGUGUAAAAUAUACAGCAGGAGUUGAGUUUUGGAUUUUUUUGUUUCUGUUCAUUUCUCCAUGGAAUGUGAAAGCUUGUUAAAAAUUUGACAUGGACAAUAUACGUUCACAGUGACUGACA